AUGGGUUCUCCGGAUGAGCGGUCCUCGGAGCGGGAGCCGACACCGCAAUCCAGGGAAACCCCAGAAGCCGACGAGGCAGCUACAGCUACCACGGCGGACGACGACCACCACCACCGCCAUCACAGUGAAGACCCUGACCCUGCCGGCGAUGCACCUCCCUCCGAUCCGCCGUCUCCGUCUCCGCCUCCGCCGCCGCCGCCGCCUCCGUGGCUGCCCGGCACCGGCGGCGAGCAGUCCCCCAUCGAGGCCGCCACCAGCGGCGACAUCAGCGACGAUGAGUUCGUCGCCAACAGCCUCGACUCGGAUCUGGUCAGCGUCACCUCGAGCGUCUGCGCGCACACCUACGAGCGCGGCCGCCGCUACCAGUCCUUCAAGAACAGCCGCUACCCGAUCCCCAACGACGACCAGGAGCAGUCGCGCGAGGACUUGAAGCACGUCAUGCUCAUGGAGCUGACCGACGGCAAGCUCUUCUUUGCCCCGACGGGGGAUCAUCCACAGAAGAUAGUUGACAUUGGGACGGGGACAGGAAUAUGGGCGAUUGAAACCGGCGACGCCUAUCCCAGCGCCUCCGUCCUCGGCAUCGACCUCACCCCGAUCCAGCCGCUCUGGGUCCCGCCCAACGUCGAGUUCAUCGUCGACGACUGCGAGCGCGACUGGCUGCUCGACAACUACGACCUCGCCCACUUUCGCUUCAUGGCCAUGAUCCUCAAGGACGUCCCGCUCGUCAUGCAGCACGCCUACGCAGCCCUCCGCCCAGGCGGCUGGAUCGAGUUCCAGGAGCUCCUCGGCCGCCCCCUCUGCGACGACGGCACCAUGCCCGCCGACGACGCCUUCAAGGUGCUCUACGAGCUCGCCGGCGACGCCUACGCCCGCCUCGGCCUCAGCACCUCGCUCCCCGCCGAGCUCGGCCCGCUGCUGCGCGAGGCCGGCUUCGAGAACGUCCGCUGCCGCGUCCUCAAGGUGCCCAUCGGGCCCUGGGCGAAAGACAAGACGAUGCGGCUGGUCGGGCUGUACCAGAAGACGGCCGUGACGGAUUUUAUUUCGACGCUGGCGGGGCGUCCGUUUGUGGCGCUGGGGCUGUCGGAGGCGGAGGCGCAGGUGAGGCUGGCGCUGGCGAGGCAGGCGCUGGACAACGCGAGGAUUCACAGGUAUUUUAAUUAUUAUUACUGGUACGCGCAGAAGCCGGAGCAGGCGGAGGAGGAGGAGCCGGAUGAUGAUGGUGGUGUCUGA